AUGGCAGAAACUUGCGAUCCCGACCAGAAACUAGGGUGCUAUUCAAAUACCGGACCAUGGAGUGGAUCUGAUCUCCCUCAGUCAUCUACUAAGAUUGGAACCAAAUUCUAUCUAUAUACCUGUAAAUGCAAUACCUCUCACACUCUCGAUUACAAUAAUCCAGCUUCUAUCUCUAAUUCUUCUUUCAAUGGCAACAUCGACACCAAAAUUAUCAUCCACGGAUUCAGCAGUAGUUCCUCAGAAGUGUGGGUACAUAAAAUGAAGGAUGCCUUCUUGACUAAGGGUUGUUUCAAUGUUAUCCUCGUUGACUGGAGGAAAGGUGCCGAGUCUAUGGGGAAUGAUUUUUUUAUUUACUUUCAACCUGUCGCUAACACCCGUGUUGUUGGAGACCAAAUCGCAGAAUUGGUUAAAGCUUUGCCAACUAGCAAGAGCAGAAUUCACCUUAUCGGUCACAGUUUAGGUGCUCAUGUUUCCAGUUUUGCCAGCGUUCGACUUAAUAAAGCUGCGCGUAUCAGUGGUCUCGACCCCGCUGGUCCAAAGUUCGUAGGGCUAGCUAAUGCUGUUAAAUUAGAUAAGACUGAUGCCGACUUUGUCGACAUUAUCCAUAGCGACGCCGGAACUUUCGGCACUACAGAGCCGUCCGGUCAUCUUGAUUUCUGGCCAAAUAAUGGCGUAGAUCAACCCCAAUGUAAUCUAUUCGAUGAUGCAGGGCCUGCCUGCGAUCAUAGUGCUUCGCACGUAUAUUACACAGAAUCUAUCAAUUCUGAUUGCAAUUUUGUUGCUAGACCUUGCUCUAACUAUGGUAAAUACAAAUCUGGCGGUUGCACUAAUUGCUUCUAUAAAUAUUGUCCAGUCAUGGGUUACAGAGCUAUAGAAUUCAAGAAAUACUACUUCUACGGCUACGAAAAAUACACACUCUUCCUUACCACCAACGAGGAGUCGCCAUACUGCGCUGGCAAUAAACCCGGCAAGCGGUGGUGGAAUUAA